CAGCAGCAGUCUCCUCCUCCGUGUGUGGAUGGUGUAAGGAGUCUCCCAUCCUCCUCCAUCCCUCCCCACAACAAGAUGGCGGCCCCUGCAGCAGGUCCAGGCCCGGGCGGCUCCUCUUCGGGUGGCACUCCCGGGGUGCUGGUCCCCAGUACCAGCAGCAGCAGUGUCAACCCCUUCCUGAGCGACUCUGAGGAAGAAGCUGAGGAGGAGGAAGAGGACGAAGACGACGAAGAUGUGUCCCCUCUGUCCGCCCGCCCCGUGCCCUCUCUGGCCGCCCGGUAUCUACCGGAGGAGAGUGAGCCCGCCGUGCUGCAGCCUUCGGGGCCCCGGCUGGCAGUGCCCUCUGGAGAGCCCGGGCGGGUGCCGCUGGACGUAGUUGCGGCGCAGUUGCUGCGGGAUCAGCUGCUGCUUACGGCUCUGGAGCUGCACACCGAGCUGCUGGAGACCGGCAGGGAGCUGCCCCGGCUCCGGGACUACUUCUCCAAUCCCGGCAACUUCGAGAGGCCAACGGCGGGGGCUCCGCCCGUAGCGGGCAUCAAUAACCCCAGCGGCGGUGGACAGCUGAAUCGAGCAGGUAGUAUUAGCACUCUGGAUUCCCUGGACUUUGCACGGUACUCUGAUGAUGGAAAUAGGGAGACUGAUGAGCGGGUAGCAGUCCUGGAGUUUGAGCUACGGAAAGCCAAGGAGACCAUUCAGGCCCUCAGGGUCAACCUUACACUGGCUGCAGAAAAUGAAGUUCCUUUGCAGGAACGCAAGAAUUAUAAAUCAAGUCCUGAAAUUCAGGAGCCUAUAAAACCUCUUGAAAAAAGAGCACUAAAUUUUCUUGUCAAUGAGUAUUUAUUGAAAAACAACAACAAACUGACGGCUAUAACAUUUUCUGAUGAAAAUGACGAGCAGGACUUUGAACUGUGGGACGAUGUAGGGUUAAACAUCCCAAAGCCUCCAGACUUGUUGCAGUUGUACCGAAACUUUGGCAGCCACCAGUCUUUAGUAAAGGAUACAGCAGAUGCUGCAGUGAGUGUCCAAGAGGAUGAUUUGCAGCCACCUCCAAUAGCUGAGCAGUCUGCAGUGGAGCCAGUAGUACAGCCGUCCGCAUUGGUGCAGGAAUUAGAAAAUAGAAUCAAGCAAUGUAAUGAUGAGAAAGAAGUUUUGCUUGAUCAGAUUAGAAUGCUCGAGAGCGAAAUAGAAAACCUCAGAGGAAGCCCUGUGGCGGAAGUAGUUCCUGAAUCUCAGGAGGUUCCUAUUGCAAGACUCCAGAGCCAGACUUCAGAAGAAAGCGACUAUUACAUAGAUAUCAGAACAACAGACAGUAAAUGUGAAAAAGCUGAAGAAAGCCAGGCUGUUGUGGAGCACACUGAAACAGACUUCCAGCUGCCACAAGAUAUUCCACCCAGCCCUGACCUGUCGAAAAUCAGCAAGAAAACCUUGCUUUGUACUCCCCUCAAAGAUGGCGUUCAGUUUGAUCAGCCGAAUAGAAAACUGUCUCCAGCCUUCCAUCAAGCUCUGCUUUCUUUUUGUCGAAUGUCAGCUGACAGCCGUUUAGGAUCAGAGGUGUCCAGGAUUGCUGACAGUGAGAAUGGAGUUAUGCUGAUGCUGGGACGGUGCUUGCCUCAUAUUGUCCCAAAUGUGCUCCUUGCGAAAAGAGAGGAAUUGAUUCCAUUGAUACUGUGCACCGCUUGCCUCCAUCCAGAGCCUAAAGAGAGAGACCAGCUCCUGCAUAUUCUGUUUAACUUAAUAAAGCGUCCAGAUGAUGAGCAAAGGCAAAUGAUUUUAACUGGAUGUGUAGCUUUUGCUCGACAUGUUGGACCAACUCGAGUUGAAGCUGAACUUCUACCACAGUGUUGGGAACAAAUCAAUCACAAAUACCCAGAAAGAAGACUCCUCGUGGCAGAGUCAUGUGGAGAUUUAGCACCUUACUUCCCUAAAGAGAUAAGAAGCUCUCUAGUGCUGUCAAUGUUGCAACAGAUGUUGCAGGAAGACAAAGCUGAUAUGGUGCGGGAAGCUGUGAUUAAAAGUCUUGGCAUAAUUAUGGGAUACAUCGAUGAUCCAGACAAAUAUCAACAGGGGUUUGAACUCCUAUUGACUGCCUUAGGGGACCCCUCUGAAAGAGUAGUGAGUGCCACUCACCAAGUGUUUUUACCAGCGUAUGCUGCAUGGACAAUGGAACUUGGAAAUCUCCAGUCUCACCUCAUUCCCACCCUUCUUAGCAAAAUUGAAAAACUCCUCAGGGAAGGAGAGCACGGGCUGGAUGAACACAAGCUGCACAUGUAUCUCUCUGCCUUGCAGUCUCUUAUCCCCUCGCUGUUUGCCACUGUUCUACAGAAUGCACAAUUUACACAUAAAGCCAAGCUUCAGGGAGAAAUAUUGCAGAUAGAAGUUACUCGCUUUCCACGCCCUAUAUCACCUCUUCAAGAUGUAGCGACCAUCAUUGGCAGCCGUGAGCAGUUAGCUGCACUCCUUCAGCUUUAUGACUACCAGCUGGAACACGAGGGAACCACUGGCUGGGAAAGUUUACUUUGGGUUGUCAAUCAACUGUUACCACAACUGAUUGAGAUAGUGGGCCGCAUCAAUGUUGCAUCAACAGCUUGCGUUCAUGAGUUUUCAAGAUAUUUCUGGAGGUUGUGCAGAACGUUCGGAAAGAUAUUUACUAACACAAAGGUAAAGCCACAGUUCCAGGAAAUUUUGAGGCUAUCUGAGGAAAAUAUUGAUUCCACAGCAGGUAAUGGGGUCCUCACAAAAGCCACAGUCCCUAUCUAUGCUACAGGAGUACUGACAUGUUACAAUCAGGUGAGUGACCAAUCACUGAUGAAAGGUGAUCACUGUUCAUUGCCAGUAUCAGUUGUCACCCCCACCGCCUGUCUGCCAAGUCCACUGUGUCCAGGUCCACUGUCUCCUUUUUCCACUGUUUCUUCCUUUUUGUCUUUUCAGGAAGAAGACCGCAAGCUGCUUGUUGGUUUCCUUGAAGAUGUAAUGACUAUGCUGUCUUUGUCUCACGCUCCUCUAGACAGUCUAAAAGCCUCCUUUGUGGAACUUGGGACCAAUCCAGCAUAUCACGAGCUGCUGUUAACUGUGCUUUGGUAUGGGGUUGUCCACACAUCAGCACUGGUACGGUGUACUGCAGCGAGAAUGUUUGAGCUUUUGGUGAAGGGGGUGAAUGAGACUUUGGUAGCUCAGAGAGUUGUCCCUGCUCUCAUCACUUUGUCCAGCGAUCCAGAAAUUUCUGUGAGAAUUGCUACCAUCCCAGCAUUUGGUACCAUCAUGGAGACUGUAACCCAGAGAGAGUUAUUAGAGAGAGUAAAAAUGCAGCUGGCGUCUUUCCUAGAAGACCCCCAGUAUCAAGAUCAGCACUCCCUGCAGAUUGAAAUCAUCAGGACAUUUGGACGAGUUGGACCCAAUGCAGAGCCCAGGUUCAGAGAUGAAUUUGUUCUUCCACAUUUGCACAAGCUAGCUUUGGUCAAUAACCAACAGUCUGUGGAUUCCAAGAGACUGGACAUUGCCACUUACUUGUUUGAAGCUUACAGUGCUCUUUCCUGCUGCUUUAUAUCAGAAGAGCUUAUGGUAAAUCAUUUUCUACCGGGUCUCAGGUGUCUACGUGUUGACAUGGAACAUCUGUCCCCUGAACAUGAGGUUAUUUUAAGCUCCAUGAUUAAAGAAUGUGAGCAAAAGGUGGAAAACAAGACUGUCCAGGAACCUCAAGGUUCCAUGUCGAUUGCUGCAAGCCUUGUGAGCGAAGAUACAAAGACCAAGUUUUUGAACAAAAUGGGGCAGCUGACAACAUCCGGUGCAAUGUUAGCAAACGUAUUUCAGCGGAAGAAGUAAAUAGCUUCCUGCUAGCCAAUAAAAACACUAAAGAUGGACCACUUGCUCCUCGUACUUGAAGUACUUGCCUUUUUAUUUUAUUUUUCUCCUGUCUUACGUUCCUGUAAUAUAUUUUGUUGGAAACUCCAAAGAUAUUUGCACUUCAUUAGUAUAUCAGCAUGUCUGUUGAUUUGGGAGUUACUACUGUAGAUGAAGUUUAAGCAGGAUCUUUAGCCUAUACCAUGUCUCUGUUCUGUGUUUUGUCUAUUUUUUUUAUACAUAAGAAGAAAUAUAUAUAUAUAGUGAAAAGUAUUUUUUUCUGAAAGGAAUAUUGGCGAUUCUGUUAUAUACUGCACACAUUGCAAUGGUACUUAAAUAAUGUAAAUUCAUUUCAUUGUCAUGAAGUAAUAAAGUGAGAAACUGAUCUGUAUUUAAAUGAUGGGUAUAGCGACCAGUUUUAUUGUACUUAAAGGAUUACGAGAAGAGACAGCCAGCGUUACCCUGUGCCUUUCUUGGAUUCAUUUUCAAUGAGACCAUGGUAGAAGGAGAAGCAUAACAAACUCAUAGUCAUCGCUGGGGCUUUUUUACAAUCCCUUCACAUGUGUUUUUGGAUUUAGCCUUGUCUUUUGUUCUUUAGGAGUGGAGUGAUACCACUGUGUCAUUGUAGAUUAGAAGUUUGAGUCUAAGAUUUUAAAUGAAACAGAAUAUUGUAAAUACUAAUUUAAUGUCAUCUUAAAAAAACACUUAAUUCACUAUUAAAAAAACAAAAACAUUUA